AUGAGCACGUCAGGCGGGCAACAUAAACGACAUUCAUCCGAUGGCGUCGACCCUUUCUCCCAUCCCGAUAUCUACUACGGCGAACAACGAGGAGUUAAGAAGCAAAACAACCACAGAAGAGCUUUGUCCUCAACUUUGAAGAGAUUCAAUGCUGCAGACCUAGAGCACUUGGUUGCUCGCAGAGGUAGCCAUGAUGAACACUCAUAUUCGCGAAAAUUCCUUAUCGAUGUGGAACCAACGCUGCAGGCCCUCCUCGAGAGGGAAGACACGGACAAUAAUAUGCAAAUUACCAUAGAGGAUGCUGGUCCCAAGGUUCUUCACGUUGGCACUGCGGCAUCCUCAGGUUUCAAGAAGUCUGAUCUAAGAGGGACUUAUAUGCUCUCCAACCUACUUCAAGAGCUCACCAUAGCGAAGGAUUACGGAAGAAAGCAGAUAGUCCUUGAUGAACAGCGUCUAAAUGAGAACCCCGUCAAUCGGCUCUCACGUCUGAUCCAAAACUCGUUCUGGAAAGCCUUGACACGGCGAAUCGACGGCUCUAAUAUCGAAAUCGUGGGUAGAGACCCCAAGGACUGGACUGAUGAUCCGAGGCCACGGAUAUAUGUGCCGCCAGGAGCCCCAGAGCAGUAUGAAUAUUAUAAGCAAAUUGCUGAAUCUCGACCUGAGCUACGGUUAGAUGUCCAACUUCUUCCGGCCGGGGAAAUCACACCAGAAUAUGUGAGAGACCUGAACAGUAAGCCUGGAUUGCUGUCACUAGCUAUGGAAGAAUUUGAGAAUCCAGAUACGGGGAAGAAGGACCUUCGAGGAGUUCCAUACGUAGUUCCUGGGGGGCGCUUCAAUGAGCUCUACGGUUGGGAUAGCUAUAUGGAAUCCCUUGGUUUACUGGUGACGGAACAUGUCGAACUUGCGAGAGAUAUGGUCGUGAAUUUUUGCUUUUGUAUCAAACAUUAUGGGAAAAUCCUCAACGCCAACCGAUCAUAUUACUUAUGCCGCUCUCAACCCCCAUUCCUUACUGAUAUGGCACUGAGGGUAUAUGAUCGAAUUAAAUCUCAGCCGGGAGCAGUGGACUUCCUCAGAGAGGCUAUACUGGCAGCUAUCAAGGAAUAUCAUAGCGUUUGGGUGUCCAAACCACGGUUUGACCCGACUACUGGGCUAUCUAGAUACAGGCCAUCCGGUAUUGGUGUCCCGCCCGAGACAGAACCAACCCACUUUUAUCACAUCCUAACACCAUAUGCAAAGAAAUACGGAAUGACAUUUGAUGAAUUUGUUGAGGGAUAUAAUAGCGGUGAAAUCAAAUGCCCGGAGCUUGAUGAAUACUUCUUACAUGACCGAGCAGUACGGGAAUCAGGCCAUGACACUUCCUACCGUCUUGAAAAAGUAUGCGCAAAUCUUGCGACGAUUGAUCUGAAUUGCCUACUUUACAAGUAUGAAGUAGACAUUGCACGUGUCUUACGUGAGCAUUUCAAGGACAAAUUGUUCAUUCCUCAUGAAUUCCGGACUCCUGAAACUGAAUCUAGGGAGUUUGAAAGUUCAUCGUUGUGGGACCGUCGUGCGAGAAGGAGAAGGGCGGCAAUUGAUAAAUAUAUGUGGAAUGAAGAAAAGGGAAUGUACUUUGACUAUGAUACCGCUAAGGAACAAAUCACCAGCUAUGAAAGUGCAACGACCUUCUGGUCAAUGUGGGCAGGUGUCGCAAAUCCACGACAAGCGGCUCUCCUUGUCAGCAAGGCACUACCAAAAUUCCAAGCGUACGGCGGCCUGGUUUCUGGAACAGAAGAAUCCAGAGGUAAAAUUGGAAUCGACCGGCCUAACCGUCAAUGGGAUUACCCUUAUGGUUGGGCGCCGCAGCAGAUACUCGCAUGGACUGGGCUCAUGCGGUAUGGCUACCAGGAAGAAGCAGAAGAGUUGGCAUAUAAAUGGUUGUAUAUGGUUACCAAGGCCUUUGUUGACUUCAACGGCACCGUUGUUGAAAAGUACGACGUUACUCGCCCUAUUGACCCGCACAAAGUUGAUGCCGAGUACGGGAACCAGGGCAUUGACUUUAAGGGGGUAUCUCGAGAAGGGUUUGGGUGGGUGAAUGCAAGUUAUGUGUAUGGGCUUCAAUUCUUGAACGCACAUAUGAGGCGAGCCCUGGGUGCGUGCACUCCUUACGAAACAUUCAAGGAAGCAACCACUGCAGUAGAAUUCUAG